AUGAAGGAUAUUGUUAGAGAUGCCUGGUUGGGCCAGAUCAUCAGACUACUGUCUAAAAACAGACUUCUCCAAUAUCCAGAAGAAGUAGAAGGAUUCACAUGGCCACCAUACGUAAGUUUGGUAUGCUAUGAUCCCACCGAGAAGUCCGAGUCCGAGGUGGCAGGAGCUGGUUCAAACGUGAAUGGUCAACCAACCAUCCCUAGAUCCGGCUAUGAAGAUGAAGCCCUGGAGAAGGCCACAGAACCUUCUCGGAAUCCGGAAGACCUGGAAAUUCAUCGACCUGUGUCGAGAACGACAGUCCGAGACCAGGAGAGAGGUGUGGAGCGCGUCCUGACAAGAACCUCUACGCGAUAUUCAGCAGAACGAUUUGAAGAAGAACAACAGCUAGCAAUGACUAAAACAAAGAGUAUACCAAUUGCUCCGAGCACUACAUCCGAUGGAAGUAUUCUCGUCACUUGGUACAAGACCGACGAUCCGGAAAAUCCCCAGAAUUGGUCUCGGAUUAAGAAGGCGUUGGUCCUCGUACAGCUUGCUUUGUAUACUUGUGCUGUCUACGGUGCUUCAAGUAUGUACGUUAGUGGUGAAGAGGGUAUAAUGCGUGAGUUUGGCGUCGGCCCAACUGCGGCUGCCUUGGGUCUGGCAAUAUAUGUCAUUGGAUAUGGUAUCGGUCCUUUAUUGUUUGCUCCCAUGUCCGAAAUUGCAUUGUUUGGAAGGAAUUGGGUGUAUCUCCCAACUUUCAUCCUUUUUGUCAUCCUCUCCAUCCCGACAGCGUUGGUGAAGAACUACGCUGGUCUUUUGGUCCUGCGAUUCUUGACAGGCUUCUUUGGUAGCCCAUGUCUCGCAAAUGGUGGGGCUACUGUAGGCGACAUUUAUGGAUUCUUGGAACUACCUAUCUACUUGUCAUCGUGGACUGUUGCCGCCUUUUGGGGCCCGGCUCUUGGUCCUGUAGUAAGUGGCUUUGCCGUGCAGGCAAAAGGUUGGAGGUGGGGCCUUUGGGAAAUUGUUUGGCUGACUGGCCCGAUCAUGGUUCUUUUCAUCAUUGCUUUCCCUGAAACCUCUUCGGAGAAUAUCCUACGCCGCCGUGCCCAGAGACUACGCAAGAUCACAGGGAGAGAUGACCUCAAAGCCCAGACCGAGAUCGAUCAAGCGAAUCUCAAGUUUACUGAAGUCUUCUGGGAUGCCCUUAUCAAACCAAUCGAAAUCUUUAUCAAGGAUCCCGCGAUUACGUUCACCAACAUCUACACUUCUUUGACUUACGGCAUCUAUUAUUCCUUCUUCGAAGUUUUCCCGUUGGUGUAUCCUCCAAUCUACGGGUUCAAUCUCGGAGAAGUCGGCCUUACCUUCCUGAGCAUUGGCGUUGCAUGUAUCGUCGGCCUUAUUAUCUUCCUCGUGUACCAGAUCUACUAUUUGAUCCCCGACAUCAAAAAGAACGGUCUUCGAAGCCCAGAGCAUCGACUGGUACCCGCUCUGUUUGCGGUAGUCACCCUCCCUAUAGGGUACUUCCUGUUUGGGUGGACUGCUCGCGCCUCUGUUCAUUGGAUGGCCAGUAUCAUUGGUGUGGUGAUUUUGGUAGCAUCUAAUUUCAUCAUAUUCCAGUGCAUCUUCGUCUACAUCCCGCUAUCGUACCCUCAAUACACGGCCUCUCUUUUUGCGGCGAACGAUCUCUCAAGAGCGGCAUUUGCUGCAGGCUGUGUUCUCUUCUCUCGACCUAUGUUUAUCAACCUUGGGAUCGGUGGUGGCGUGAGUCUGUUGGCUGGCUUGGCCGUUGUUGGCGUUGCGGGUAUGUUUGGUCUGUGGAAAUAUGGCGGGGUCUUGAGAGCGAGAAGCACCUUUGCGACCAAGUAA